AUGUUGAAUCUCAGGGUGCGGGUCGCAGCAAUGUCAGCAGGAGCCAAGAAAGUCAGUCAGAGUCAGAUCAACAAUUUCACUUCUGCCUAUGUGUUCCUCCAAUCGUUGACCCCCACGUCACCAGACGAUGACUGGGUGGGCAUGUCUGCUGUUGAAGAGGUGUUCUAUGUCAAUUUAGGCCAGAGAGAUGUCAGCGUCUUCCGAAGAGUUCGAGAAGAAACAACAAACAUGGGUUUUAUUGAAUGGGGUCAGAUUGACACUGAGACUUUUGGAGAUUCUGAGGUAGAGUUGGCAUCGCCCAGUGACUUUGAUAGCACUGCGAGCAAUGCAUUGCUGCGGCUUACGAAUCAGGGGAGUGAAAUGCUCUCGAGAGGUCCACCGGCAAACGUUCAUGGGGAAAGCACCCAUGUUGAAUCUCAGGGUGCGGGUCGCAGCAAUGUCAGCAGGAGCCAAGAAAGUCAGUCAGGAGUCAGAUCAACAAUUUCAACUUCUGCCUAUGUGUUCCUCCAAUCGUUGACCCCCACGUCACCAGACGAUGACUGGGUGGGCAUGUCUGCUGUUGAAGAGGUGUUCUAUGUCAAUUUAGGCCAGAGAGAUGUCAGUGUCUUCCGAAGAGUUCGAGAACAAGCAACAAGCAUGGGUUUUAUUGAAUGGGGUCAGAUUGACACUGAGACUUUUGGAGAUUCUGAGGUAGAGUUGGCAUCGCCCAGUGACUUUGAUAGCACUGCGAGCAAUGCAUUGCUGCGACUUACGAAUCAGGGGAGUGAAAUGCUCUUGAGAGGUCCACCGGCAAACGUUCAUGGGGAAAGCACACCUGUUGCUUCUCAGGGUGCUGUGAGCCCAAGCAAUGCUUCUUUGGAGGCGACUGCCGCAGUGACCGCCAUUCAGCACUACCCGCUACCCGCCUUCAAGGCACCACCCAAAUGUCCAGAUAUGAAAUCAUUUUUGCAGUGUAUCUUUGGCAAGUUGGCUUCCAGCAAGCCCUUCGGUUGGGUCAGCAUGAAUCUUGCUGUUGCCAACUUUGCGUUGGCUUAUGGUCCUUCCGAGGCUUCAAUGCCGAAUCUCGAGGCCAGGCGGGACUAUGUCGCUCCCGAUCUUGCAUCAUGGUGUUUAUCGGCAAGGCAAGACAAGCUUCUGGAGUGGGGACGAAGUGACCCUUCCAAGCAUGAUCUAGUUCAGGUGUGUGGCCACGGACAAGUUGAGGGGCACAGCAUGGAUGCGUUUUUGAGGCUUUCAGAUGCUGGGCAUAAUGUUGCAUACCCGAAUGAAAAACGAGGCUCCAAAACAUCAGCCAGCUGGUGGCACAGUUCCGUGGAGUCAGGCUUGCAACAUCACCAGCAAACACAAUCAUCACCACGCGAUGAUUCCAGCAGACGCUCUUCGAAUGCUUCUGCUGUCGAAGAGCGCAGAAGACGGUCCGGGAGAGCCUCGAUUAGUAGCCAUGAAUCUGGUGGACAUCACCAUGGACAUUCUCGGUCAUCGGCCACAAAUGCGGCGAUCGGAAGGACGUACUCAAGAGACAGUGCUUCUACCGCUCGCAGUGCUGAUCGUAGAAGUGCUGAUUCGGAUUUAGGUUCCAGGUCAUCCAGAAGAGAAGAUCGGAGAGACAGCCAACAUUCUGGAGGUGGAGGCAGCCGUGGCAGUUUUGAACGGAGCGGCAGCCAUCACUCCGAAGGACAACGCAGCAAUCACGCUGAAAGUCCAGCUAUCAUUGAUGCUGGUGGUAAUCCGGACUGGUUCCUUCCGAACACAUAUCGGGGACGAACUCGAUGUCAACAUUUCAAAGGGGUCGAAAUUGAGAGAGAUAACUGCAGAUUUGGUAUCAAGUGCCAUUAUGCUCACGUGCAGCCGCGAUUUGGAAGCCAGUACAUGGAUUACUGGUACGAGGAAGCUAGGAGCGUACCUGUUCCUCUGUUGGACAAUGUGAUCUUCGGAAAACGCACAUACAUGGACGAAUGGGGUCGGACGCAAAAAGAAAUCACAGCAGUUUAUCAAGACCCCAACACGAUGAUAUAUUAUCUGGCGGAGGGAGGCAAGACGCGCCUUGAUGGGCAGUUCAAUUGGUACCCAACCACGGAUGCGGCGAAAUCAGCUUUGGAGUUCUCGUACGUCUUCAGUCAGCCACGCUAUGCGGAACAAUAUCGAAGAGUUAGCAGGUAG